GGCUCAACAGCGGGCACCGCGUCAUCUGGCAAGACAGUGGGCACCAAGUCACCAGGCACGACAGUGGGCUCUGAGUCAAUUGGCACGACAGCGGGCACCGGGUCAUCAGGUACCGGAUUGUCUGGCUUGACAGCGGGCAUCAGGUCACCAGGUAUGACAGCGGGCACUGGGUCACCAGGCAUCAGGUCAUUUGGCUUGCCAGCGGGCACCGCGUCAUCUGGCAAGGCAGUGGGCACCGGGUCACCAGGCAUUGGAUCGUCUGGCUCGACAGCGGGCAUCGGGUCACCAGGCAUCAGGUCAUUUGGCUCGCCAGCGGGCACCGCGUCAUCUGGCAAGGCAGUGGGCACCGAGUCACCAGGUACGACAGCGGGCUCUGAGUCAAUUGGCACGACAGCGGGCACCGGAUCAGGUACCGAAUCAUCUGGAUCAACAGCGGGCAUCGAGUCAACUGGC